GGCAGAUCAAGUCGGACGAAUCCGAUUCACGACAAUUUCUCGCAAAGGACGAGUUUCCCAGCGCUAGCGCUUUAUUUACUUUCUCCUCCUCUUUCGAAGCUAAUGACCUGAUGAUUACGCAUUGACAUUAACUCCUUUGAGAACCAGCGCUCCCUCCAAGACUACCCGCGACCGAGGCUCUCCUCUCCGCCCCCAAUGUUCUCAUGAAAUGAGGGAAGACUGAAAAGCACCCGACCCAAUUGACGCUGGAGGAACGAAUCAUCGAUUCUGCUUACGGAGCAGCUCGAAUCGAAACCCAAGAUCUCCACCGAAGACGCAUAUCUACAUACAGCAAUGACCUCCCCGCGUUCCCACCAGCCCUCCAUGUCGUUCUCGCCGUCGGUGCCCGGACCGGGACCUCAUGAUUCUACUACCGCCGGUGGAGCAUCACGCGCAGUCUCAGACCUCCCGCAAGCGCAAGUCGAUGCGAUUAUCCGCGCAAAACGCAAGGCGCGCGAGCCCAAGGCCUGCUACCCGUGCCACGCGCGGAAGGUCAAAUGUGAUCGGAAUUUGCCCUGUGAUGGGUGCGUGAAGCGGGACCAUGCGGAGCUUUGUUCAUAUGAGAGGCCGUCGAAGAGGAGGACGACAGCGGAUACGGGUGCGUCGGCUUAUACAGAUGGGGUCGGUGCUGAGGUUGGACCUGGACCUGGACACGGGUUUGGGCUUGGGCCUUCUGGGGGCACACCGUUCGGUGGUACAGGUGCAGGUGUUAGUCUAGGCGACGGAGUGGGGUUCGGUGAUGGGCAUGUCCGGCUGAAGCAAGAACCCGGAAUGAGCAACCAGGCGAGCCCGGCAAUGAGUGGAGGGCGGAUUUCGAUUGCGCGCGAGGACUGGGAUAACACGCGGACCAGACUAAAGGAGAUGGAACAGAUGCUGGCGACCCUUCGGGCGGGACUGGAUAAAGCGAAUGAGGAGGGGCAGACGUCGACACUGGAGACUGGCAGUGUGCAGAGUGGUGAUGCAAGUACCCGGUCCAAGGGGGCGUCGCCGGAAAGAGAGGGGAUCCAUGCACCAAACACGCUCGGUGAAGGGACUGUCCAUUUGGGUUCGAGAUCGGUCCUCGCUUACAUUUUAAAUAACAAGUCCGGCUCCGAUCAGUUGCAGACGUUAUUAGAGGGCGGGAUAUUGCCGAAGUUGGGACUGGAUAACGAGUCGGCGACUUAUCCGUUUGUUGACCUGUGGUCCUCGGACAUGUCCACCUUUGACAUCAGUGCUGUCUGCUACGCCCUCCCGACGGACCAGCAAUGCAAGGAAUUCUUCUGCUACUAUCGCGACAUUGCCGGUGCGAUAUACCCAGUUAUUGAAGAUGUGGUGCAGUUCGAAAAGGAUCUUGACCUCAUGUUACACAAUCGGACUGCAACAGGUGGGGUCUACCGAGCGGACAAUGAUCAAGCGCAAAGGCCAUUUGGAAUCUCCAUCGCUUACCUGGGGCUUCUAUUUGCGGUUCUGGCAUCUGGCUGUCAGUCGUCUGACUUGCCUGGAAAGGAACGAGAGCUUACUUCACAAGUUUAUGUGUGCUGUUCUUAUCAAUGUCUUCGAAUGACCAACUUCCUCUCCCAACCCACGAUAGAGGCGAUCCAGACUUUACUUGUUAUUGGUAACGUCUUGUCGUAUAAUAUGAAUCCUGGAAUCUCAUACGUGCUGCUUGGCAUGACUCUUCGAAUGGGACUGGCGCUCGGUCUGCAUGUCGAAUCAAGCCACUUUUCCUCUGCAGAGCGAUACCGCAGACGGCACGUAUGGUGGUCCAUGGCGUGGCAGGAUAGCCAUUUCUCGCUAUCUUAUGAUCGACCGUCCACUACCGCAGUGUGCCAGCCGGAGAUAGCAUACCGUGAAGACUCAAAGACCGGCGAACGAUCAUACUUUGAGACGCUCUGCCAGGUGAUUAACCUUGCUCUUGAAGUCGUCCGAAGUCGAAUGCUGUCCCCGCAUUCUCAAAUGAGCUGGCGAACAAUUCAGGAUUUCAAAGAACGAAUUCAAAGAACCAUGAUCCAAGCAGCCCCGUACCUCCGCGACCAAAACUACUGCACAACCGCAACGGAACACCUCGAGCGUGCAGUUCUCAAACUCCACUCCUCCUACUUCCUCUCCGAGCUCUGCCGGCCAGCGCUCAAAUCCACCGCCGACACCCACGACCCGGCAACUGCUCGCAUGCGCUCCGACUGCCUCGAAAACCUCAUGAUGACCGUCGAAGCUUACAUCGACAUGCAUACCGUGAGCUCGCAUGCCUCACGCUCGUGGAUCGCCCUGCAACGCGCAAUAAGCUCUAUCUUCCUUCUCGCCGUCACCGAUGAAUGCAAAUCAAACACCCACUUUUGGACACUCCUACGCAAACUCAAAGCCAUCGUCUACGAGCGCGCAAAUGCCGAAUUCGACUACGGCGGCACGGCCGCCGCAGACCCCUCAACCGCCCCUCCAGCCUCCACCGACCCAACAAACCGCAGCCCCUCCUUUAGCACGCUACUCGGUACACCUUUGAAUUCCACAAUCUCUCCCGCAGCCGCUACCGCAGCAACAACGACCGCUGGAGGAUCCCUCAGCUCCCCAGCGGCGGCCGCCGCAGCAGCAGACACACAAACCCAAUGGGCAAAACCACUCACGAAAACUCUUCGCGCACUGGAAAAACUCGAAGCCGCCUUCCACACCCGCCCCUCCCCCUCGCUCCUUUCAACGGGCGCCUCCCCAUCAUACCUGAACCCGGCAUCUGCUGCGUACGCCAAUACCGGCGGCAAUGCUUUUCCACCCAUGACCGGAGCAGGAGCGUCGGCACCGGCGUCCGCAAUGACCCCUGGUGUGUCGUCGUUGCCGCCGCCAACGCCAGAGAGUUCGACGAGUGGGGAGUGGUCGAUUCCGAAUAUCCUCGAUCGUGCACAGGAGUAUAUCCAUCCGCCGUUGUGGAGUUGAUUACCCUUGCCUGCCUUUGAUUGCUUGCUUAGGUCUGUUAUAUGAGCUAUGUCGGCUUUUGUCUUUCUUUGGAGUACUUUGGAGUACUUUGGUAGAUGAUGGUUCGGAAAACGUGUUUCGUGCUGAAGAUGGCGUUAUUUAUCUCUCGAGGUAUCUUGCAGUACUUCUAGUUGGCGGUGGCGUCCGAUCUAACCUACUCAUUUAGUCCCGAUAACCUUCAUCAUAACUUAAUUGCAUUGCGUGCAUUCAUAAUCUGAUCAUUAAGCCCUCUGAUGCAUAACAAAAUAAACCCAAAGAGUUAAAUGCAAGCAGCUGCACCUCCACCCUCCACACCCGACAUACCCUCCCUCCACUACCCUUCUAUCUCUCAACAAAACCCAACUCCCAUUCCAAAACCAACUAAACCAAACCAAAUCACCUCGCCGCCCUAACCUCCCCCACACACUCCCCGAAGCCCAACCCACUCCCCUCGGACCCGACAAAAGCACUCAUCCGAAUAACGUCCCCAUCAAGAAGAUAAACCCUCUCCCCGGCCCCACCAGCAAGCUUAACACUCUCCUUACCACCUUUCGUACUCUCCAAAAGACACCCAUACGACCCGUCCUCCUCACCACUAACCGUCCCCGUGCCCAGGAUAUCUCCCGUCCGCAGAUCACAGCCGGAGCUCGCGAGGUGCGCGGCCAUUUGGCGGUGGGACCAGAAGAGCGAUUUCGCCGCAGAGGUUGCGAUUGUUGUUGAGUGUGCGGCAGGGUCGCUGGUGUUGUGCAGGAUUUCGACGCUCAUGGUGAUGUCGUAGUUGAAGUUUUCUUCUUCCUGUAGGUGUUCGGGAAGCGAGGACUGGGGUUUCGGGCCCGCGGCCUUGAAGGGCGUUAGGGCUUCGACUGUUACAAUCCAUGGGGAGAUGGUUGUUUUGAAGGCUUUGCCGUUUAGGGGACCAAGCGGGAUCAUUUCGAGGCCUUGAAUGUCGCGGGCUGGAUUUGAUUUUAGCAUUAAGUUAGAAAGUUGGAUCGGAGCCCUCGAAAAGCGAUGCAGAAG